AUGUCCACCGGUUUGUAUCAUGGAAUAAAUGCCUCUCAACCAAAUAUUCUGGAGCGCCAAAGAACGAAUCAGGCCCUUGUUCGGAAACUGAUACUAAGUGUUCCCAAAAAGCGACAAGCUCCCCUCCCGCCAAAAGUGAUUAGUGGCAAUAAUGAUCCAGUAGCGCACGAUAAUGCGGAACCCUCAGAACACGAGAGAUUUAAAUCAGCCAGCAAUCCAGCGGAUCCUGAAAGCAACAACGUGACUGCCAAAAAGGGCUCUUCUUUCAGUGAUAUGAUACUAAAGUGGUAUCAGUCAGAUGUGCAUCCGCCUGUCAGGCAAAAAUCGAUACAGACUGCAACUCCAUCCGCAUUCUCCGACGUCAGCCACCACACCCACACACUCACCUCAGUCGGCACCAGUCCUGUUGGGAGCUUGGACAGGUCUUUUGUCUCCUCGACAUUCACUGGCAGUCUAACCAUCGAGAGGGGCACCUACGACGCCGACUCGACAGACUGCACAGAGUGCUAUGAGCCUGUCCAAAACUCAAGUCCAUCUCCGCCCAGUCUACGUCCACCAGAUCCGAACUUCACAGAAGUGUUGACGCAUGGACCCACUACGACGGGCGGAGACGUCGUCAAAGAAGCUGAGAAUAUGCCCGGAACUGCAUCUGGAUUGUUGUCGUCACGUGUCUUCACGUUGGCGGAGCGACAAAUCAGUUCACCAGAUAUCAAGUCUCUCAAUGCGUGCGAGGCGGUUGAGAGAUUUGUUCCAUCUGCAGACUACUUGAAAGAUGCACGAGCCACGCUGAAGAAGAUCCCAUCACGGAGCAAGUCUCCCACCAUUCUCAGCCAUGCCAGCUUGUGGGGCAUGGAGGCCACCACAUCCUCCCAGCAAAACGACGCCCGCGAAUCGGUGGACUGGAGUAGUCGGUUCUGGUCGCCGGAGAAGGCACCAAGCACGAUGAGCUUCAUGAUACCCAAGUGA